UAGGUCGAGUUCGAUCAUAGGUCAAUCUGACCACCCCCACGACCCCAGGGGUCCAAGAACUUAAUCUUCAUGUGGGGUGUCAUUUUUAAAGCAACCUAUUCCUCAAAUUUUUGACCUCUGACCAAUCCAUGACCGUGAAACCAAGGUAAAAGUUAAAACAACUGUAGAAUUUUAGUUUUACUCGUUUUAUACUUAUAUAUAAAAGAUUACAGAAAUCAGCUGGGAGGUCAAAGGUAAAAAAAAUGUCGAACCGUCAAAAAUCUUAAGUUCAACUCAUUGCACUCCGUUUCCACUUGUUUGUUAUAUCGGUUCGUUGUGCUUGUUUAAUAUAUUUCAUGUUUUUAAUAAUCGAGAAGACAAACAUUAUUUACAUACUCGACCCCAAUUUGAGGUACUUUGCUGGUUCCAGACGGUUGGCGAGACGCAGCUAAAAACUCAGCAGCCACAGGCCCCUUGUUCUCGUCAACAUUUAGUCAAUAUUUUGCAUAAUUACACAAACAAAGUAAUUACAUAUGUGAUUGUAAUCCAUUCUGUAAAUUAAUAAAUACGACUCAUUUUCCAGUCCUUGUGGUCAUUCAUACAUAUUUUUCUUAUCUUUGACCACGAAUAUUUUCUCUCACAUUUUCUAAAUAAUUUUCCUCAUUUGACCUUACACAUUGUUAUAAAAUUAUUAUUAAAUCACUGCUGACCAUUAUAAUAAGGAGAAGUGCAAUUUACUUAGUAAUGAAAAAUUUGUCACUCCGAGAAAACUGAAACCUUUAAAAGUUUAAGCUUGCUCCAAGAUGAGCAAAACAUUACAUUUCUUACUAAUAAUUCUGCACCUGCCCUUUUGGCUGCUUGCUCCCUUCUUGAUUUUGGCAUUUAUUCCCAUUUAUCUGGCUAGAAAUGGGGUAAAAUUGUUGGCAUUUGUGCAAUUCCAGUUUAGACACGACUUGAUUUCCAUGCUUGCCCCGGUGGACGGAAUGUUCGCGGCAGAUCAAAUCUACACCGGUCCAAAGAACACCGUCGUGGGUUGCCUGCAUCUUGAGGGAAUUGCGGAUUCCGCCCAUAUCCGGGAUAUGUUGGACAGGAACAUUUUGGAAGCCCGGUGUGAAAGAGACCCGGGAAAGUUGAUGUAUCCCGAAUUGAGGAGGAGUAUUACGCACUGGUUGGGAUAUCCUUUCUGGACCGAGACUGAGCUACCACAUGGUGGAAUCCGCACCCACGAAGAUGCAUUAAGCCUUGAAGAGCUGCACAAAUUUCAGACCCAGCUAACAUUUCAACCCUUCCGGAAAAAUGCCCCGCUGUGGGAGCUCGUUCUGAUCAAGCGGAUUACGGAUACUCCAAAUACUUCCGCCGUUUUGUUCCGGUUUCAUCACGCCCUUGCCGAUGGGCUCGCCAUAUUUUCGCUUCUUCGCAAAAUGACAAGUCCGCAGAAUCCGAAAAUUCGUAAGCAAGUUGUUCCUGCACGAGGAAGGUGUAAGGGUUUCAAGGCGCUCAGAAUUUUAUCAGCACCGUACGAUAUUGCCAAGCUCGAAAAAGAGUUGGGUCAAGGUGGUUGGCUGAUCAAAGAUAAGGAGGGUUGGACCCAGCUCGAUGGCAACUCGCACUAUUCAACUGUAGCUGCCCGACUCCGUUUCCAUUCCAGUGAAUCAAUCCCAUUCAGCGUGGGAGGUGCCCACGGGGUGUCGGUAACUGCGGUGUUGCACUCUGCCAUGCUGGGUGCUGUGAGGAAGUCGUAUUUUCCAAGUGAGGCAGAAUCCAUUUCAAGGGUAAGGGUGCAAACCCAACUGCUUCCCAUGUGGGGUAGGGGAGGACGUCUCUUAGGGAAUAAUAUAACGUGUGGUUCAUACUCGGCCCACAUGGGAGAACUUGACGUAGUGAAGCGUCUCAUUGAAACUCAUGAAAGUCUCGUCGCCAUGAAGCGGUCGGCCUGCCCGGUAGGUUUGGCCGUAUUUAUACUCGCCCUAGGCUGUCUGUCUCGCCCCGGGAUAAGGAACUAUUUCCAGGGCAGGGACCAAGAAGACAAAAUUUUCGUCUUUAAUAUACCCGGGCCGGAGGAGGUUGAUAAUUUUUGCGGGUAUAAUAUCAAGCAUAUCGACAUGACGGUGGGAUCAUAUGCGGCGAAUGCAGGGACACUCACGACCUGUCGUUUGAGUCCAGAGUACCCACUAUGUUUUUUAGAAUCUACUAGGACCCCAGAUGAAGGAUCCAUUCAUAUUUCCGUGGGAUCGGAUUAACGGGAUCGGAUUGGAACAUACUUGAUUUACAAAACUCAAUAUCCCAUCUGAAUUAAUCAUAUUGGAUUUAGACGAAAAGGCAUGAAAUAUAUCAAGUAGCCCCGAUAAAUACUGAGCGGCUUAUUUGGAAGAAUCUAUUCGUCAUGCUUUUUUAGUUUCUUCACCUCCUCUGGUCGGUCUAAGUCUCUCGCCCUAUUCAGUUUUUUUCUUUGACUUGAUCUGCGACGACAAAUUACCAACUCAUCAUUGACUGGAAAGCCUAAAACCAAAUACUGUUAAGUUGUUAACUUUCGAAAAAAAUCUUCCUAAUAUUUGUACGGAUGCUAGAAAGAAGAUGAAUCGCCGUUAGUCGUCUGGGUGGAAAUUGUGUCACGUCACCGGAACACUAAAGGUUAUAGAAUUCGGAAACGAGAGUAGGGGAGAAUUUCAACUUGGAAGGGGACAAUUAAGCAGUAUAAAAUUUAUUAAUGAGAUUCUUGUAUAAAUAAAGACAUUUAAUUUUUAAGAUUUGA